GUGUAUAGUGUGAAGAUAGGUUAAAUAUUUAUUAACAAGUCUUUUUUAGUAUCUGUUAAUUUUUAUGUUACAGCUUGUUGUCACUGUCAUUUGUACUCGUGUGUAAGUGCGAAGUGAAUUCGCUCCGGGAAAUUAGGUUCGAUUUAAAAUCGUAUAUUUUGCGCAUAAAAUAAAAAUUUACUUAUUGGAUAUUUAGAUCAUUUUCUAAAUUAUUAUCCUUACCUUCAAUGAUAAAGCAAUUUUACGUGAACGUGUUGCGCAAUUCACUGACCAUGACAUAGAGUUGAGAAUAUUAUUUUAGUGUAAUCAAAACAUUGCAAUGGUUUUCGAAUCUAUUGUGGUAGAUGUUCUAAACAGGUUCCUAGGAGACUAUGUGGAAAAUCUAAAUAGAUCUCAACUUAAAUUAGGAAUAUGGGGUGGCGAUGUGGUGCUGGAAAAUUUGAUACUAAAGCAAAACGCUUUAGAAGAACUAAAUAUUCCAGUUCAAACAGUCUACGGUCAUUUAGGGAAGUUGGUGCUAAAAAUACCUUGGAAGAAUUUAUAUGGUGCUUCUGUGGAGGCUACUAUUGAAAGAUUAUUUCUUAUUGUAAAUCCCAAUGCUGAAAUCAAAUAUGACCCAGAAAAGGAAGAAAAGAUUGCCCUGGCGGCUAAACAAGCUGAACUUGCAAGAGUUGAGGAGGCAAAAAAAAAGGAAGCCGAGAAAGAUGAGAACAAACUUGAUGAGACAUUCGUUGAAAAACUUGUCACUCAAAUAAUUAAAAAUGUACAACUGAAGAUAUCGGAUAUACAUAUUCGUUAUGAAGACAGCAUAACUAAUCCCAAAGCACCAUUUUCCUUUGGUAUUACAUUGCAUAACUUGUCUGUUCACACAACAGACGAAAAUUGGAAACAAACUGUCAUACAAGAGGCUGUUACAAAAAUAUUUAAAGUAUUAAAUUUAGAGGGUUUAGCAAUUUAUUGGAACCCAACAACUGAGCUGUAUUCUAAGACAAGCCCACAGGAAAUAAAAAGUAGAUUAGAAAAGGAAAUAGCAACGAAAACAUCUAAACCCGGGGAUUAUUUAUAUGCCUUGGCACCAAUUAACGCGACCGCAAAAUUAAAAUUGAAUCCCAAACCAGAAGGAGAUACUCCGAAAUUUAACAUUCCUAAAGUGAUUUUGAGUUUGCACAUGGAACAGCUGGCUGUGAAUCUGAAUAAAGCACAAUAUCAGGAUAUGAUGCUGUUAGCAGAUUCUAUGGAUCGGAUGAGCAAAGGCGCACCUUACAGAAAAUACCGACCAGACCUCAAACAGUACAAGGGUCACUAUAAAGAAUGGUGGCAAUUCGCAUACAAAUGCAUCUUAGAAGAGGAAGUAUUACGCAGACGUAAAAACUGGGAUUGGAAACAUAUGUUGUCGCAUCGUCAGCUCUGUAAAGACUAUGCAAGUGCUUACCAGAAUAAGUUGACCUGUCGCGGAAAAGUCUCUACGGAAAACCAAUGCGUGCUGGACGAAGCCGAGAAGACAUUGGAUCUAUUUAAUCUGGUUGUUAUCAGGCAGCAGAUAGAGUUAGAGGUUGAAAGAUUGGGAAAACUAGAAGCAGAAGCUAAAAAGUCCCGUGGCUGGUUUAGUGGCUGGUGGGGCGGUGGGAGCUCCAAGGAUGACGAAAUGUCUGAAGGCGUGGCUAUAAUGAAGCAAUUCGAAAAAGCGAUGACCUCUGACGAGAAGGAAAAGUUGUUUAGAGCGAUUGAUUAUCAAGAGAAUUCGGCGCCGCUUCAUUUGCCCAUAGAGUAUGUCGCCGUAGAGGGGCAUUUUAAACUUGACAAGUUGCAAGUGGCCGUCCAUGACGUGUCUGAAGUAGUUCGGGCCUGUGUUGAAAAUGUUGAAUUGGACAUGAUGCAAAGGCCCAGUGCUAAUGCGUUACGAGUUGACGUGCGUAUGAAAGCUUUCACUGUAACGGGUGUACGUCAAGGCGAAUUUGUACCGCAACUCGUCACUUCGAAGGAAAUAGAGAAAGAUGUUAAUCUUCUUAAUGUACUUUUCGAAACUAAUCCAUUAGAUGGGAAAUGUGAUCAGCGCGUUCAAGUACGGGCGCGCCCGUUACAAAUGGUGUACGACGCACAAACCGUCAUCGAAAUUGUUAAUGUGUUUAAGCCGCCUUCAGAGUCCACCGCAUUGACUACUUUGCAAGCGGCUGCCGAAAAUAAGUUGUCGGACUUGAAAGAAAAGUCUGCAUUGGGCAUGCAGUACGCGGUACAUCAGCACACAUUUAUUGAUCUUGAUAUUGAUGUGGCCUCUUCUUACAUCGUUGUACCGCAGACUGGGAUGUAUAAGGGUGGUGAAGCAGUGGUAGUGGUAAAACUUGGUGCCAUAAGCGUAAAGAGCGAUCCGCGAGCCCCUCAACUGGAUGUUCAUCAACUGUAUCGCUCCGGAUUGCAAGAUGACGACAUAUUGGCGCAGAUUACCGCGCAUAGCUAUGACAAGAUGGCUUUGAGGCUCACUGAAAUUCAGGUUGUCAUCGCAUCUCCAAAUGAAGAUUGGCAAUCAGCGAUCGCCUCAAACGAAGCAACAUACUUACAUCUUCUACAACCAACGAAUUUGGUCAUACAAAUACACAAAUGCCUCAUAACUGAUGAUCCGAGGAUGCCUAAGAUCAAAAUAAAGGGGGAGUUACAGAAAAUCGCUGUCAGUGUAUCGGAGGAUAGGUUAUUAACUCUAUGUGAAAUAUUGGUUGGGAUGCCUUUACCCCGUUCUGAUGAAACGACACAACUAAAGGCAAGUGAAUCUAAAGCGUCUAGUUUGUCGCUCUUGAGAUAUUUAGACCCAGCUGAGAAGCAAAAGCGAGAUACUGCGAGAUCAAAACAAAGGAAAAAUGAAGAACACACGGUGCAACUUACUGAACUCGAAGCGUUCUUCAUUAUGAAAGAAUUAAUCUUAAGCGUGAACCGCAAAACGAAGGACCCGCAAGUAUACGAUAAGUUCCUAGUAUUCUCAUUAAAUUUAUUGGAAAUAAAAGCCACCCAGAAGACUUUCACUCUCGAAGCAGCAGUGAGACUCGGUUCAGUGGAUAUGCAGCAUCAUAGAAGUGGACAUAAGACCAUACCAAUGAUUACCACCACCACAGAUUUCCAAGAACAUGAUAAUAUUGAAGAGCAGUACUUAUUCGCUGUUACGUAUACUAAUGUUGACAAGAAAUGUCCCGAAUUCAGGAGUCGCUAUGGUUCUGUGGAACAAUUAAUCGAACUGGACUUUACAGCGUUAGAACUCUUACUUCACCUGCAAGGUUUGCAAGAGAUUCUGGUCAUUAUUAAUAAUUAUCAGACUCGUCUCAAUGCAAUUCAAAGUACGGUAGACCGAUACGCCAAUGCUGGUCCGUUGGAGACGAUUAUGGAGGAUGAAGAGUUGCUGUCCAUUGUCAAAUCUAAAGCGAGUGUAUCAAAAGUGUCGCGUCGUAAACAAGUGGAGAGUAUACAACUGAAAGUGAACGUUAAGAUUGGGGCAGUGGAGAUCAAAUUCGAGAAUGAUAUUCGGCCUUUAUCAUUGCUCAAAUUGCAUGGGGCCACGGCGGGAUUAGUACUGAAAGCGUCGUAUACGCAGGUCGAUUGCGCAAUUUCCUCUAUCAAAGUCGAGGAUUUGAAUCCAGCUACUGUUCACAAAGAGAUAUUAAAAGUCAUCGGUGGUGACGUGAUGAAUGUACAAAUAGUGUUGUAUAAUAUCGAGCAAUUCCCGAGUGUUAGUGACAUCAAUAUGUCGAUAGACGCGCAGAUCAACUGUCUGAGGAUUGUCUUUCUAAACUGGUUCCUUACUUCUAUGUUGGAAUUUUUAAACAAUUUCCAAGCAGCCCAGGAAGCUAUAAUAGAGGCGUCAUCUCAGGCAGCUGAAGCCGCGAGAGCAAAUGUGCAAAACGCAUAUCAGAACUCAACUAAACUGGCGUUAAAAUUGAGAUUGGCCGCCCCAAUCAUUCUAGUACCGGAGAACUCGACUAGUAUGAACGCUAUCAUGCUAGAUUUUGGACGCAUGACUAUUAAUAAUAAGUUCGUCGAUUUGCCACUUGCAGACGUAAGCAAUAAAGUGACAGUGGACGAAUUGACCCUGGAACUGGAAGAGGUGAGAGUGUCAUGCGUGCAGCUCAGUGAGAAUAGCUCGGACGUGUCUCACGAACGUAAGCUGUUGCGGCCGACCAGCUUCAAGCUGUUAGUCAAACGCAGCCUUUCGAGCUGGUACGAGCCUUUGCCCGAUCUUGAUGUCUCUGGGAGGAUGAAGACUAUUGCUAUAACAGUUGGUCACAGUGAUUACAAGAGUAUAAUGAAGAUUCUCAAUCAAAAUCUGCAAGAAGGACAUAGUAAAUGUGAGGAAGCGAAACCACAGAAUGUCGGAAAAGUGACUUCGAAGCCCGCAGUGAAAAGCCAGACGAGCAGAACGACACGGUCUACUGUGGCUGUCGUAACUCUGAAAGAGACGAAGAAACCACGAACAACGAUCAAGUUUUCCUUUACUAUGGACAGUUUUGUCAUUGAUCUCAUGAAUACAGUUGUGUCAGAAGAAUUACAGUUCACAAAAGAUGUGGAGUUGGCCCGGUUUUGCCUCGCGUUACUCUCAGUCAAAGGUCGUAUGUUCUCCGACGGGUCCCUGCAUACUUCUGUGUUGCUUGUUGACUGUACAUUGGAUGAUACAAGGCCUGGCAGAGGCGCUAAGAUAACUAGAUAUUUAGAGAGACGUCGCGACAGACCAGACGUAUUCGAUCAAAGUGAUAAACAACAGGACAAUAUUAUGGAGGCGCAUGACAAGAUUCGAAGCAUGAUCGAUAUUACGUAUACUAUGAAAAACUCUGAUACAUUCAUCGACAUGAGAAUAUUUAGUUUCAACUUGAUUCUGGCCAUCGAUUUCCUAAAAAAGAUCGCGGAAUUCAUGACGAGUGGCCUCGCUGAAGACACGCCCACUGUCAAUGCUAAGGAGGAUGUCAAAUUAAUCAAACCUACUGCCGAUAAAUUAGAGAGCGGGAUCAAAAAGAAAGUAUCGGUGUCUUCUGCGCCUAUGUUGUCAGACCAAGGCAUGAAGCCAGCUAUGAUGACAGUCAAUGUAAAGAUAGAACAACCUGACAUUAUUCUCGUUGAGUCCUUGGAGCAGAAGAAAUGUGACGCUCUGGUUUUGAAUAUGGAAGCAAAGUUCAAGCUACGGAAAACGGAAGACCAUAUGGUAGCAGACGGAGGUAUAUCCGGUUUGCAAAUGGUUGUACGUACUUUGGGUCGUACGACCACGCCCAGGUACUUAUUGGCGCCAGCUCAUCUGUCUUUGGCGGUGUCUCAGCCACCGGAUAGCGGCAUGCAUGUGGAUGUGGCACUUACGGAUAUUAAGAUUACUGUUUCUCCAGAAAUGAUUGCUCUGUUGAAUCGAGUGUUAGCUACAAUGACAAGUAGCGAAGAAGACGACAUUGAACAAGAUAACAAGCCAAUAUUCUAUGACAAGUUGUGGGACAUACAACCGUUUAAACCAUCUUCAUACUGGUUCCUUAAAACUGAAGAGGCGGUAGAAGCAAUAAGCUUAGAAGAUGACUCGGUGACAUCCCUCAGGAAAGCUCCCGAGGGCGAAAUAUGUCUGUUAUCUAGUCCCUCCAUAGUCGUGGCCUUGGAAAUGGAGAUCGGUAAUGAAACCAUACCAGUAUUGGUCAUGCAGUCUUCACUUACCGGACAAGUCAAGGAUUGGAGUUCUGAUUUCUACAUGGAGUGUACGUGGGCAAUGCAAGUGUCGUACUACAACAUAGGACGUGCUAUGUGGGAGCCUUUGGUGGAACCAGUCGAAGUACUCAAGGAUUAUCAAUAUCGACAUGUUCCCUGGGAACUUAAAAUGGAGGUAGUGAUGCGUCCUGAAGAGGCUCAAUCGGCAAUAGACACGACAGACGAAGCCGCUAACAUCGCCGCAGCUGCCCAAAGACAAGCGAAUAUGACUGUCUCCCUUUCCAGUAGCGAACCACUUGAGAUUACUAUCACUAGGAGUGGCAUUGAGGUGCUCACUCAACUUGGGAAUUCCUUCUCCUCCGCCAUUGCAGAGACAACACCUGAUACGACGUUGGUAUCGAAAUCUAAACAAGAAAACGCACCAGAAAAACAGUACCUGGGCGCACCCUACGUUCUUCACAAUUGUACGGGCCUCACUACAAAGCUGAUCUUACAUAACAACCAUGAUUUUGCUGUCUUUCUCACUGAUGAAUACAAGAGUUCUGACUACAGGGAAGUAGUGUUGGAGCCUGGAGCGUGUCUACCGUUACAGUUAAAGCAGGGUGGGAUUAAUAUUAUGAAGCUUAAUGAACCACCACCACAGCUUAAGCUUAACUUUAAGAUAGUGGAGUUAAACGAAGAUGUCCAAAUACCAGUAGAACGAGCAGACAAGCGAUAUUUCCCGCUUGGUCGCAAGAACUCGGGGGAAAGCAGGGCCAAGAACGUGCCUCAUGCUGCUGCCAUGGAGCCACGAGGGCUCAUCAGCGACGUCGUCAUGCAAGACGCCGCUUUACACAUUUAUCUAAGGAGCGUUGUUCAGGUGACGAAUACGUUAGCGGUUCCAGUUUGCGUAUACUACAUGACAUUGAGCGGGAAUGAAGUCCGUCUUUUGGGCGAAGUGAGUGCGGGUGGGACUCUCAGGCUUCCCUUACAAGCCGUUCACACGCCCACUGCAGAGAUAUUCUUUUCUGUCGAAGGUUUCACGGUAUCCGUAUCACCGUUCGUAUGGCGAGAACUACAGCAAGAGCCAAAAAUAUCAAAACUUCUUCAAUGUGACUCGAAAGACAAGAACAGUGGCGAGAAAUUCUAUCUGAGGGCCGUUGGUACAAUGGAACAGGUUUUCUUUGAACAAACGAACCGUCACACAUUUGCGUCUUCAUGCUACGAUGUUGUCCUGAAACCAGCCGUGAAGCUACAAAACUGUUUGCCCAUUGACAUCGUGGUGUCACAAUUGGGGCUCAAACGAACGCAACUUUUCAAGCCGGGGGAGAUGUUCCAUUUAUCUCAUUUAGCGCCCAAUAGAGCGUCUAUCGUUAUUAUGAUACAAAACUAUCUCGACAAAUGCUGGGUUUGCACAAAGAAUUUACCCGAAGAAAAUAGCGAACUCUCUGUUUGGUCCUUCGAAUCACACGACAGUCCCGCUCUUAUGGUCUUGGAACUGGGAAUGCACAGUGUCGACACGGAAGGCACACAGCUACUCUCACUCUACUGCCCCUUCUGGAUGCUUAAUAAAACUGGAUUUACGCUUUGCUAUAGGAAAUCAAAGAAACCCGAAAAAGAUUCCAGCACCCCCAAUAAGAAUAUCGACGAGACAGGCAAUGUAAUCUUCCACCCGAAGGAUUAUAAGGAGCCGAUACUGUUCUCGUUCCGCGCGAAGAAUUUCUUUGGGAAAAAGAAGGCUGCCAUACGAGUGGAGUUUGGGGAGUGGUCUGAUAAAUUCUCACUAGAUGUUCCAGGAAGUUCUGGUGUGAUUAUUUGUAAAAACGAAGGUCGGACCUAUCAGGUCGCAGUCACAAAUCAGUUGACAUUCAACAGUUUAACAAAAAUGGUUAUAUUCACACCAUUCUUUCUCAUUCUUAACGAAUGCCCAUUUGCCAUACAAUAUCAAGAGUUACAUCGUUCCGGAGAUGCUUGGAGAGAGGUUGAACAAAAUUCAAGUGCUCCUUUGUGGCCGAUAGUUGAAAAAGAAGAUAAGCUGUUGCUCGUGCGAGUUUCAGGAUCAACUGAGCACGCGGCACCUUUUCUGUACACCGAGCAACAUAGUGUCUGUUUAAAAUUGAACAAUCACUACGGUGGUUUGCACGUAGAAGUGCAAUUGAGCGAAGGCGGUACGUACGUAACAAUACGUCAGUAUCGCGACGGACACGCGCCCGCAUUGCUGGUCAACUAUACUACGCACGCUGUCAACGUAUACGAAAAAGAAAACGUUAAUAUUAGAAAAAUCCCAUCGAUGCAUAGAAUGCUGUACACUUGGGAUAAUCCCGCUGGACCAAGGACGUUAAUUUUUGAGGGACACAAACGAAAGGAAAUAGACAACGAUCUAAGGAAGGAUGGUAUCGGUGACUUUAUGAUUAACGAUACGAAACGCAUAACAUGGGUAUCGUUUCUGGAUGGUCUCCAAAGAGUGAUACUCCUGACGGAGGAUCCGAUAUUGGCGAGUGGCGCUCAUACGAUUGGUGAGGCUGAACCUGUUCAUACGGAAUUCCAAUUGGCCAUGCACGGAGUUGGACUGUCGCUCGUCAACGACUACGAGCUCACGGAAAUUCUCUAUAUCAGUAUAUCUAAUUCGGGUAUCAUAUGGGAGCAAUGUAAAAUCGGUGCACGUAGAUAUAGGAAGAUCGAAGGCCAGAAAUUGGUACAAUACGAGGAAGCUUAUCAGAAGUAUAUCGCUGAGAAAAUGGUCGGUGACAAAGAAGUCUCCCCGCGAGUGCACAUCGACGACAGUGUUGAGGUGGACUUUGAGGAGAUGCGUAUACUUAAACCAUCCCAGCGUCUCUUACGACGUACUCUCCAACCGGGUUUAUGGGCGAGAUAUGGGGUAACAGCUCAUUCGAGAAGACUUCACGCACGUCUAUACAGGCUUCAGGCUGAUCAGCAACUGUCCUUGCCGACCUUCCCAGUGGUGCUUGCACCUGUUCCUCUGCCGAAGUCGGUGGCCAACGAUGAUCCAAGCGGAACCAGACCCUUCAUCGAAGUCUCGAUAGUGGAGCGUAUAAUGGAACAUAGUAAAGUGCGUCAGUACAAGUACUACAAGAUGCUGAUCCAAGAAUUCCACGUGAAGGUGGAUAUGGGCUUCAUCAAUGCCCUCAUGGGCAUGUUCCCACUGAGAUUGCUUACAGAACAGGAAGCUUUGGAUGCCUUCCAAGCGGAUCUAGAAAGGGCGGGUCAGCCGCUAGAGGCUGUAGCCGCUAUGGGCGUUGCUUCGGAUCUCAAGAACUUCUACGACAAUCUUCACUUGUCACCACUUAAAGUACACGUGUCGUUUUCCCUGGGUGGAGCGAGCCAAUUGCCGACAUUUAUUGGUACUGUACUGCAAAGUAUCGGCGUAACCCUUACCGACAUGAACGAUGUGGUCUUCAAAUUGUCGUACUACGAGAGAAACUACGAGUUCCUCUCGCAAAAGGAACUGAUUAGCCAAGUGCAGAGUCAUUACACGGGUCAAGCUCUCAAACAGCUGUACGUUUUAGUACUAGGAUUGGACGUCAUUGGAAACCCGUAUGGACUUGUUAUUGGACUGAAGAAGGGCGUAGAAGACUUGUUCUACGAGCCGUUCCAGGGUGCUAUCCAAGGGCCGGGUGAGUUUGCGGAAGGUCUGAUGCUAGGAGUCCGAUCUUUGGUGGGACACACAGUGGGUGGAGCCGCUGGAGCCGUCUCACGUAUCACCGGGGCCAUGGGGCAUGGACUAGCUGCUUUGUCUUUGGAUAAAGAAUACCAAAGAAGACGAAGAGAUAAUAUUAACAAACCUCCCGCUAACCUCCAAGAAGGCUUAGCCAGGAGUGGGAAAGGUCUUGUAAUGGGCAUAGUGGAUGGAGUGACUGGAGUAUUCACGAAGCCGAUAGAUGGCGCUCGUGAGGAUGGAUUUGAAGGUUUCUUCAAGGGCUUGGGGAUGGGGGCAGUGGGUUUAGUGGCUCGGCCUACAGCCGGAGUGGUGGAUUUCGCCUCUGGCUCCUUUGACGCCGUCAAAAGGGCAGCAGAUAUGUCUGAAGAGAUAACAAAACGUCGUGCGGCGAGGUACUUGCCGCCCGAUGCUGGCGUUAGACCGUACUCCCGCCUGCAAGCUGAAGGCUAUAAGAUGCUCUCUGAACUGGAAAAGGGCAAGUUUGUGAGUACGGAUACAUAUGAGGCCCACGUUUGGGUCAUCGCUGCCAAGGAGGUGGUCAUGUGUACGGAUAAAAGGCUGUUCUACCUUGAGAAGAACAAUGUUUUCGGUGGUUGGCAGAUCGUCUGGACGUACUUAUGGACAGAAAUACCAGAAAUACCUACAGCGGUCGCUAAAGGUGUAUACAUACCGACCGCUAAACGUAAGGUCCUAGGCAUGUUCUCCAGUUCGGGGUCCGGCAAAGUUAUCUUCCUAUACGACGAGCAGCAGAAGAAGUACUUAUUGGCCCAGUGCGAACGUCUCAUGGCCGCGGCCCGUUGACAUGAGGACGUAGAAAGAAUAACGCCGACCGAAUGGCUGGCACAAUUCUUUCUACUAAUAUUUGAUUUACGCACCAUACUGCUUGCAACAGCUUAUCACUUCAAUAUACACCAUUUGUCACCUAAAGGCUUCCGCUGAACUAAUCAUUGGUAUUGUGUAUUAUAAAUCACAAAGUAAUAAUAUAUGAAUUUCUUUGUGAUAUUGUAUUACGAGCUCUAGCUUAAAGUCCAUCUUGUUCGAAAUUCAAAUGUUAACUGCCAAAUUAUUCUUUACUAUGACAAUUGAUAGAAGUAAACAUUUGACAGUUUGUUGACUAAAAUGACAAAUGUUUAAAAUUAAAGUUACUUAAAGCUUAUAUUUACUAUACUCUGUGUAUGAUGUAAUUCUCAUCGGGAUUUCUCAGGUGCUGUCAAAUACUCGUUCUUGAUUGGUAUAUAAAAUAUAUAAAAUUGUUCAGAGUCUUCAAAUUAUAUCGUAGAAUAUUUCAAAAUAUAUACCUAUAGAUUUUGUACAAUUUUGAUAUAGAUUCCGUUAAGAUGUCAAGUGCAUUUAUUGUCUUCCGUUUUGUAUUUUAUAUAAAUGGAAAACUGCAAAACCGCCGUUACUUUUAUUCUAUUUGUUAAAUUUUCGUUAUUAUAUAAACUAUUUAUAUAUAAUAUAAACUAUUUUACUCACAAUUUUCUUCUGCGAAGUACAAAUAUUUAAAUACGGGUUUUGCUUUUACAAGCUUUGGCUCAACGUAAUAUUUUCCUAGUUCCAAAUUCAAAUUGCCAUUAUUAUUACAAGUAACAGUCUAUGCAGAAUGCAUAUAGUAAAUCUACGGCUCGUAGCUUGAUUGAAACUCGAAUUGUGAGACAUUUAAAAUGUGUCUCGUAUUGUAAGGCACUGUAUGCCAAUAUAAUAUUAGAGUAUAUUGUACUGUUUUGUGGAUUAUUGAAUGUCCCAUUAAAUAUUUUAUUGUUACGUUGUAGCAAAUGAACCAAAACCAGUGUCUUAGUUUAUUUUUUAAGAUGUAUAAUGUUCGUUAUUCUCAAUUGUGUUAGACAAAAUGCGGGCAUUGUUAUAUGUUUAUAUAUCAUUUUUAGCAUGUAUUUAUUUUGUAAGAGUUUUAUGUUGGUGUUUAAAAUUUAGAUACUUUGUAAUGCGUACUGCACUUUACUAAUUUUGAUCUUUUUUCGAACCUUUGGAAUAAACGUAUAUUAUAUA